ACCGAUUGUCCACACAUACACAAGAACAGACAAUGUCAACAUGAAGACAGCACCGGAUCCAUUAAUGAAAACAUGUGCGCGAAUUGCCUAUUUGCGCAUUCAUUUUGUAGUGUGUACAAUCAAGCAUCUUGAAAUGAUCGAUAAACAGCAGCACAUCGUUUUUUUACCGAAGGAGAUUUGCUCAUUCUGCGAGUAAAGAGAUCCAGAGCACGUAGUCACGGAUUGCGCAGCGAUGGGAAGAACGACUUUCUGUUUCCAUCUUGCUUUCUUUGUGUUGAUAAACAUCAAUUUGGCAACAAGCAAUCCUCUGCCAUCGUGGCUAUCAGGUUACUGCAGUCCGAAUCCAUGUAAAAAUGGCGGUGUUUGUACGUCACAGGUAUUUUACUAUACGUGCAAGUGUGGUAGCGGUUGGAAAGGAAAAGACUGUACAAUAAAAGUGAAACCUUGUGAGUCAUCUCCUUGCGAAAACGGUGGUACGUGUAACAAUGUCAAUGACGCGAAGUUCAAUUGUAGCUGCAGAGAUGGGUUUCUCGGAGAUACUUGCGGAAAAAAAACUUUAUGUGAAAAUCCUCUCGAUGUUUUGUUCAUCGUCGACACAUCAAGUUGGCAGUACACGAGUGACUUUGAUCACAUCAGGAACUUCAUUUUCAGCGUCGUUGAUUGGAUGAACAUCUCCGAUACGGCUACCCAACUGGGAGUGCUUCCUUUUACGUACAAGAAAUACACCAAACCUUUAUUCCUGCCAAAUGCCUAUGAGAAUGUAACGUCGUUGAAAUCCGCUUUGAGGAAACUUGUCCGGUCGCCACCUUAUGCUUUUAUUGGUUACGAGGGCAAUCUUGCCUAUGCUCUGCAGAUAGCAAAUGAGAAGGUAUUUCCAACCGGUUCUCAGAGGCCAAAUGCUGCUAAAGCGGUCGUUAUAGUAUCCGCUCAGAAACCCUUGGACAGCAUAGCAAAUGCGUAUAAGGCGGCUAACGAACUUAGAGCGAAAGGAGUGAAGGUCUUUGUUGUGGAAGUACUCGCUCCCAUCAUGUCGUCGGAUUUUGCUCUGAGAGAAAAAACAUUGAGGGAACUUGCCAAUAAGACAAAUGUGAUUGCAGCGGUUUACUCCAAAUUGGUUGAUCAUGCGCGUCAACUUUCCAAUGUAUUAUGUCAAAUAUCCAAAAAUCCUUGCGAUGAAGCCAAUUGUGGUGAACAGAAGAAAUGCAUCUACGACAAAGACAAGACCUCGUGUGUAUGCAAACAUCCCGGAUGUGAUGUUCAUCCUUGUGAUAAGACCCAGUCGCCAUGUAAAAAUGGCGGUCUUUGUGAGAAAGAUGGCAAUAAUUUCACAUGUGAUUGUAGCGAAGAGUGGGCUGGAGAUACGUGUGAACAAAAAGUUCAUCCAUGUGAAAAAUCGACAACUCCGUGUAAAAAUGGUGCGCUGUGUGAAAAAAAUGGAGAGCUUUUUGUGUGCAAUUGUACCGAAGAUUUUACUGGAAAAACCUGUGAAGAAGAAGUUCAUCCAUGUGACAAGGGUAAAGGACCGUGUGAAAAUGACGGAGUUUGUGAAAAAGAUGGAGAUGGAUUCAAAUGUAAAUGUGAUGAAGAUUUCACAGGAGAUAAAUGCGAGGAAAAAGUUCAUCCAUGUGACAAGGGUAAAGGACCGUGUGAAAAUGACGGAGUUUGUGAAAAAGAUGGAGAUGGAUUCAAAUGUAAAUGUGAUGAAGAUUUCACAGGAGAUAAAUGCGAGGAAAAAGUUCAUCCAUGCGACAAAGGUGCAGGACCGUGUAAAAACAGCGGAGUUUGUGAAAAAGAUGAGAAUGGAUUUGAAUGUAAUUGCAGUGAAGAUUUCAGCGGAAAUACUUGCGAGGAAAAAGUUCAUCCUUGUGACAAGGCCGAAUCACCAUGUAAAAACAACGGUCUUUGUAAAAAGGAUUUUAAUGGUUUUACAUGUGAUUGUGACGAAGAUUGGACUGGGGAUACUUGUGAACAAAAAGUUCAUCCAUGUGAAAAGAAAACGACACCGUGUAAAAAUGGCGCUCUUUGUGAGAAAGACGGAGAUGUUUUUGUGUGCCAGUGCACUGCAGAUUUUACUGGAAAAACCUGUGAAGAAAAAGUUCAUCCAUGCGACAAAGGUAAAGGACCGUGUGAAAAUGACGGAGUUUGUGAAAAAAAUGGAGGUGGAUUCAAAUGUAAAUGUAAUGAAGAUUUUACAGGAGAUAAAUGUGAAAAAAAAGUUCAUCCAUGUGAAAAAUCGACAACUCCGUGUAAAAAUGGUGCGCUGUGUGAAAAAAAUGGAGAGGUUUUUGUGUGCAAUUGUACCGAAGAUUUUACUGGAAAAACCUGUGAAGAAGAAGUUCAUCCAUGUGACAAGGGUAAAGGACCGUGUGAAAAUGACGGAGUUUGUGAAAAAGAUGGAGAUGGAUUCAAAUGUAAAUGUGAUGAAGAUUUCACAGGAGAUAAAUGCGAGGAAAAAGUUCAUCCAUGCGACAAAGGUGCAGGACCGUGUAAAAACAGUGGAGUUUGUGAAAAAGAUGGCGAUGGAUUUGAAUGUAAUUGCAGUGAAGAUUUCAGCGGAAAUACUUGCGAGGAAAAAGUUCAUCCUUGUGACAAAGGCAAUGGACCAUGUGAAAAUGGCGGAGCUUGCCAAAAAGAAGGAGAGGCAUUUAAGUGUAAUUGUAGUGAAGAUUUCACUGGAGAACUAUGCGAGGAAAAGGUUCAUCCUUGUGACAAGGCCGAAUCACCAUGUAAAAACAACGGUCUUUGUAAAAAAGAUUUUAAUGGUUUUACAUGUGAUUGUGACGAAGAUUGGACUGGGGAUACUUGUGAACAAAAAGUUCAUCCAUGUGAAAAGAAAACGACACCGUGUAAAAAUGGCGCUCUUUGUGAGAAAGACGGAGAUGUUUUUGUGUGCCAGUGCACUGCAGAUUUUACUGGAAAAACCUGUGAAGAAAAAGUUCAUCCAUGCGACAAAGGUAAAGGACCGUGUGAAAAUGACGGAGUUUGUGAAAAAAAUGGAGGUGGAUUCAAAUGUAAAUGUAAUGAAGAUUUUACAGGAGAUAAAUGUGAAAAAAAAGUUCAUCCUUGUGACAAGAUCAAUUCCCCGUGCAAAAAUAACGGUCUUUGUAAAAAAGAUUUUAAUGGUUUUACAUGCGAUUGUGGCGAAGAUUGGACUGGAGAUAUUUGUGAACAAAAAGUUCAUCCGUGUGAUAAGACAACGACACCGUGUAAAAAUGGCGCUCUCUGCGAAAAAGAUGGAGAUGUUUUUGUGUGCCAGUGUAAUGCGAAUUUCACUGGAAAAACCUGUGAAGAAAAAGUUCAUCCGUGCGACAAAGGCGAAGGACCGUGCGAAAAUAGCGGAGUUUGUGAAAAAAUUGGAGAAGGAUUUAAAUGUAAAUGUAGCGAAGAUUUCACCGGAGAAAAAUGCGAGAAGAAAGUUCAUCCUUGUGACAAGGCCAAAUCUCCUUGUAAAAAUAACGGUCUUUGUAAAAAAGAUGGCGAGUACUUCACAUGUGAUUGCGACGAAGACUGGACCGGACAUACUUGUGAACAAAAAGUCCAUCCUUGCGAUAAGAAGACGACACCUUGUAAAAAUAGCGCUGUUUGUGAAAAACACGGUGAUGUUUUUGUCUGCAAUUGUACUGGAGAUUUCACUGGAGCCACCUGUGAAAAAAAAAUCCAUCCAUGUGACAAAGUUGACGGACCGUGUAAAAAUGGCGGAGUUUGUGAAAGAGAAGAAGAUGGAUUUCAAUGUAAAUGUGGCGAGGACUUUGCUGGAGAUACUUGCGAGAAGAAAGUUCAUCCUUGCAACAAAGUUCAAGGACCGUGUAAAAAUGGCGGAGCGUGUGAAAAAGAUGGAGAUGGAUUUAAAUGUAAUUGUAGCGUAUUUUUUGCUGGAGAUACUUGCGCAAAAAGAGUUCAUCCUUGUGACAUGGUUAAGUCUCCGUGUAAAAAUGGAGGUCUUUGUGAAAAAGAUGGCGAUAAUUUCACAUGUGAUUGUAGCGAAGAUUGGACUGGAGACACUUGUGAACAAAAAGUUCAUCCAUGUGAAAAGAAAACUACACCGUGUAAAAAUGGCGCUCUUUGUGAGAAAGACGGAGAUGUUUUUGUUUGCAAUUGUACUGCAGAUUUUACUGGAAAAACCUGUGAAGAAAAAGUUCAUCCAUGUGACAAAGGCAAAGGACCUUGUAAAAAUGACGGAAUUUGUGAAAAAAAUGGGGAUGGAUUUAAAUGUAAAUGUAGCGAAGAUUAUACCGGAAUUAUAUGCGCGACGAAAGUUCAUCCUUGUGACAAAGCAAAGUCUCCGUGCAAAAACAACGGUCUUUGUAAAAAAGAUUUUAAUGGUUUUACGUGUGAUUGUAGCGAAGAUUGGACUGGAAAUACAUGUCAACAAAAAGUCCAUCCAUGUGAUAAAAAAACGACACCGUGUAAAAAUGGUGCACUGUGUGAAAAAGAUGGAGAUGUUUUUGUGUGCAAUUGUACUGCAAAUUUUACAGGAAAAACUUGUAAAGAAAAAGUUCAUCCUUGUGACAAAGGUGCGGGACCGUGUAAAAAUGGCGGAGUUUGUGAAAAAGACGGCGAUAGAUUUAAAUGUAAAUGCGAUGAAAACUUCACUGGAUUUAAAUGCGAGGAAAAAGUACAUCCUUGUGACAAAGCUACAACACCAUGCAAAAACAAAGGCCUUUGUAUAAAACAUUUUGAUGAUUUUACAUGUGAUUGUAGCAUUGAUUGGACCGGACAUACUUGUGAACGAAAAGUUCAUCCAUGUGAGAAAAAAACGACACCGUGUAAAAAUGGCGCACUCUGUAAGAAAAAUGGAGAUGUUUUUGUUUGCCAGUGUACUGCAGAUUAUGUUGGAAAAACCUGUGAAGAAAAAGUUCAUCCAUGUGACAAAGGUAAAGGACCGUGUAAAAAUGGCGGAGUUUGCGAAAAAGACGGCGAUAGAUUUAAAUGUAAAUGUGACAAAGAUUAUACUGGAGAUAUAUGCGAGGAGAAAGUUCAUCCUUGUGACAAGGCCAAGUCUCUGUGUAAAAACAACGGUCUUUGUAAAAAUGAUGGUGAUGGUUUUACAUGUGAUUGUGAUGAAGAUUGGACCGGAGAUACUUGUGAACAAAAGGUUCAUCCUUGUGAAAAGAAAACGACGCCGUGUAAAAAUGGCGCUCUUUGUGAGAAAGAUGGAGAUGUUUUUGUGUGCAAUUGUACGGAAAAUUUCUCUGGAAAGACCUGUGAAGAAAAAGUCCACCCGUGCGACAAAGCCAAAGGACCUUGUAAAAAUGGCGGAGUUUGUGAAAAAGAAGGAGAUGGGUUUAAGUGUAAAUGCAAUGAAGAUUUCACUGGAGAUACUUGCGAGAAGAAAGCCCAUCCAUGUGACAAGGGUAAAGGACCGUGUAAAAACGACGGAGUCUGUGAAAAAGAUGGAGAUGAAUUUAAAUGUAAAUGUAGUAAGGACUUCACUGGAGAUAUAUGCGAGGAUAAAGUGCAUCCAUGUGACAAGGCCGAAUCACCAUGUAAAAAUAAUGGUCUUUGUAAAAAAGAUGGCGAUUGUUUUACGUGUGAUUGUAGCGAAGAUUGGACAGGAGAUAUUUGUGAAAUAAAAGUUCAUCCGUGUAAUAAGAAAACGACACCGUGUAAAAAUGGCGCUCUUUGUAAGAAAAAUGGAGAUGUUUUUGUCUGCCAGUGUACUGCAGAUUUUACUGGGAAAACCUGUGAAGAAAAAGUCCAUCCAUGUGACAAGGGUAAAGGACCGUGUAAAAACGACGGAGUCUGUGAAAAAGACGGAGGUGGAUUUAAAUGCAAAUGUAGUAUAAAUUUCUCAGGAGAUAAAUGCGAGAAAAAAGUCCAUCCGUGUGACCUACCCGUCAACCCGUGUAAAAAUAAUGGAUUUUGUAAUAAAAUUGGAAGGAAAUUUAAGUGCGAUUGUUGUGAAGACUUCACUGGACCAACUUGUGAGAUUAAAGUACAUCCCUGUGAUAAACCAAACUCGCCAUGUAAAAACGGUGGUCUCUGUGUAAAGAAGGGGGAUGGUUUUCAAUGUAAUUGUGGAAAAGGUUGGACUGGGGAUGUUUGCGGAAAAAAAGUCUCCUCCUGUAAAGGCUUCGGUUGCAAGAAUGGUGGAAAAUGUAUUCUUGGGAAUAAAGGAAAGCCGUCGUGCCGAUGUAAGACUGGUUUUUCGGGAAAGAAGUGCGAAAAUAAAGCAUACGCAAUCGGCUUUUACAAGUUUACGACUAAAGCUUAUGUGAAAACAGUCAUCCGACAAACGAUGUCCAAAAUGUCAGUUUGUUUCCGCGUGUUUACAAUGGGCAGGCGACCAUACAUGUUCAUAAUGAGCUACACCGUGAAGGGUGUGCAGCGGUUUGCUUUAUCAAAGCGUAAAAAUGGCUUAGGCGUGCGCUUGAACGGGAAACUGGUUGUGGUUGAGAAAGCGGUUAUAAAUGACCGGAGAUGCCAUCACGUUUGUUUCACGUGGCAAUCAUCCGAUGGCAACUAUGCUUUCUAUUUGGAUGGAAAAAGUAUCGUCAACAAAAAAGGACUGAGUAAAGGCAGACCCUUACCUGGAGGUGGCGUACUGUCGUUGGCCCAACGCCGGCCUAGACUAAAAUUUCUUAGGGUUGCACUUCUCAGAUUGCGGUUUGUCGGCAAGAUCAAUGAUCUCAACAUCUGGAACAGAGUUCUUUCUGCUAAAGAAGUAAAGAGAAUUGAGAAAUGCGGGUCUACAGCUGUAGGAAAUGUAAAGUCCUGGUCGGACUUCAAAAUCAAAAUGCAAAAACGUUCGCAAAGAAAAUACGCCAAAUACGUUUUCAAUGGCGUGUGUCCUAAAAAUUCGAUGGGAAGAACGACUUUCUGUUUCCAUCUUGCUUUCUUUGUGUUGAUGAACAUCAAUUUGGCAACAAGCAAUCCUCUGCCAUCGUGGUUAUCAGGUUACUGCAGUCCGAAUCCAUGUAAAAAUGGCGGUGUUUGUACGUCACUGGUAUUUUACUAUACGUGCAAGUGUGGUAGCGGUUGGAAAGGAAAAGACUGUACAAUAAAAGUGAAACCUUGUGACUCAUCUCCUUGCGAAAACGGUGGUACGUGUAACAACGUCAAUGACGCGAAUUUCGAUUGUAGCUGCAAAGAUGGGUUUCUCGGAGAUACUUGCGGGAAAAGAACUUUAUGUGAAAAUCCUCUCGAUGUUUUGUUCAUCGUCGACACAUCAAGUUGGCAGUACACGAGUAACUUUGAUCACAUCAGGAACUUCAUUUUCAGCGUCGUUGAUUGGAUGAACAUCUCCGAUACGGCUACCCAAGUGGGAGUGCUUCCUUUUACGUACAAGAAAUACACCAAACCUUUAUUCCUGCCAAAUGCCUAUGAGAACGUGGUGUCGUUGAAAUCCGCUUUGAGGAAACUUGUCCGGUCGCCACCUUAUGCUUUUAUUGGUUACGAGGGCAAUCUUGCCUAUGCUCUGCAGAUAGCAAAUGAGAAGGUAUUUCCAACCGGUUCUCAGAGGCCAAAUGCUGCUAAAGCGGUCGUGAUAGUAUCCGCUCAGAAACCCUUGGACAGCAUAGCAAAUGCGUAUAAAGCGGCUAACGAACUUAGAGCGAAAGGAGUGAAGGUCUUUGUUGUGGAAGUACUCGCUCCCAUCAUGUCGUCGGAUUUUGCUCUGAGAGAAAAAACAUUGAGAGAACUUGCCAAUAAGACAAAUGUGAUUGCAGCGGUUUACUCCAAAUUGGUUGAUCAUGCGCGUCAACUUUCCAAUGUAUUAUGUCAAAUAUCCAAAAAUCCUUGCGAUGAAGCCAAUUGUGGUGAACAGAAGAAAUGCAUCUACGACAAAGACAAGACCUCGUGUGUAUGCAAACAUCCCGGAUGUGAUGUUCAUCCUUGCGAUAAGACCCAGUCGCCAUGUAAAAAUGGCGGUCUUUGUGAGAAAGAUGGCGAUAAUUUCACAUGUGAUUGUAGCGAAGAUUGGGUUGGAGAUACCUGUGAACAAAAAGUUCAUCCGUGUGAAAAAUCGACAACUCCGUGUAAAAAUGAUGCGCUGUGUGAAAAAAAUGGAGAGCUUUUUGUGUGCAAUUGUACCGAAGAUUUUACUGGAAAAACCUGUGAAGAAGAAGUUCAUCCAUGUGACAAGGGUAAAGGACCGUGUGAAAAUGACGGAGUUUGUGAAAAAGAUGGUGAUGGAUUCAAAUGUAAAUGUGAUGAAGAUUUCACAGGAGAUAAAUGCGAGGAAAAAGUUCAUCCAUGCGACAAAGGUGCAGGACCGUGUAAAAACAGCGGAGUUUGUGAAAAAGAUGAGGAUGGAUUUGAAUGUAAUUGCAGUGAAGAUUUCAGCGGAAAUACUUGCGAGGAAAAAGUUCAUCCUUGUGACAAAGGCAAUGGACCAUGUGAAAAUGGCGGAGCUUGCCAAAAAGAAGGAGAGGCAUUUAAGUGUAAUUGUAGUGAAGAUUUCACUGGAGAACUAUGCGAGAAAAAGGUUCAUCCUUGUGACAAGGCCGAAUCACCAUGUAAAAACAACGGUCUUUGUAAAAAAGAUUUUAAUGGUUUUACAUGUGAUUGUGACGAAGAUUGGACUGGGGAUACUUGUGAACAAAAAGUUCAUCCAUGUGAAAAGAAAACGACACCGUGUAAAAAUGGCGCUCUUUGUGAGAAAGACGGAGAUGUUUUUGUGUGCCAGUGCACUGCAGAUUUUACUGGAAAAACCUGUGAAGAAAAAGUUCAUCCAUGCGACAAAGGUAAAGGACCGUGUGAAAAUGACGGAGUUUGUGAAAAAAAUGGAGGUGGAUUCAAAUGUAAAUGUAAUGAAGAUUUUACAGGAGAUAAAUGUGAAAAAAAAGUUCAUCCAUGUGAAAAAUCGACAACUCCGUGUAAAAAUGGUGCGCUGUGUGAAAAAAAUGGAGAGCUUUUUGUGUGCAAUUGUACCGAAGAUUUUACAGGAAAAACCUGUGAAGAAGAAGUUCAUCCAUGUGACAAGGGUAAAGGACCGUGUGAAAAUGACGGAGUUUGUGAAAAAAAUGGGGAUGGAUUUAAAUGUAAAUGUAUCGAAGAUUAUACCGGAAUUAUAUGCGCGACAAAAGUUCAUCCUUGUGACAAAGCAAAGUCUCCGUGCAAAAACAACGGUCUUUGUAAAAAAGAUUUUAAUGGUUUUACGUGUGAUUGUAGCGAAGAUUGGACUGGAAAUACAUGUCAACAAAAAGUCCAUCCAUGUGAUAAAAAAACGACACCGUGUAAAAAUGGUGCACUGUGUGAAAAAGAUGGAGAUGUUUUUGUGUGCAGCUGUACUGCAAAUUUCACAGGAAAAACUUGUGAAGAAAAAGUUCAUCCAUGUGACAAAGGUGCGGGACCGUGUAAAAAUGGCGGAGUUUAUGAAAAAGACGGCGAUAGAUUUAAAUGUAAAUGCAAUGAAAACUUCACUGGAUUUAAAUGCAAGGAAAAAGUACAUCCUUGUGACAAAGCUACAACACCAUGCAAAAACAAAGGCCUUUGUAUAAAACAUUUUGAUGAUUUUACAUGUGAUUGUAGCAUGGAUUGGACAGGACAUACUUGUGAACGAAAAGUUCAUCCAUGUGAGAAAAAAACGACACCGUGUAAAAAUGGCGCACUCUGUAAGAAAAAUGGAGAUGUUUUUGUUUGCCAGUGUACUGCAGAUUAUGCUGGAAAAACCUGUGAAGAAAAAGUUCAUCCAUGUGACAAAGAUAAAGGACCGUGUAAAAAUGGCGGAGAGUGUGAAAAAGACGGCGAUAGAUUUAAAUGUAAAUGUGACAAAGAUUAUACUGGAGAUGUAUGCGAGGAGAAAGUGCAUCCAUGUGACAAGGCCGAAUCACCAUGUAAAAAUAAUGGUCUUUGUAAGAAAGAUGGCGAUUGUUUUACGUGUGAUUGUAGCGAAGAUUGGACAGGAGAUAUUUGUGAAAUAAAAGUUCACCCGUGUAAUAAGAAAACGACACCGUGUAAAAAUGGCGCUCUUUGUAAGAAAAAUGGAGAUGUUUUUGUCUGCAAGUGUACUGCAGAUUUUACUGGGAAAACCUGUGAAGAAAAAGUCCAUCCAUGUGACAAGGGUAAAGGACCGUGUAAAAACCACGGAGUCUGUGAAAAAGACCGAGGUGGAUUUAAAUGCAAAUGUAGUAUAAAUUUCUCAGGAGAUAAAUGCGAGAAAAAAGUCCAUCCGUGUGAUCUACCCGUCAACCCGUGUAAAAAUAAUGGAUUUUGUAAUAAAAUUGGAAGGAAAUUUAAGUGCGAUUGUUGUGAAGACUUCACUGGACCAACUUGUGAGAUUAAAGUACAUCCCUGUGAUAAACCAAACUCGCCAUGUAAAAACGGUGGUCUCUGUGUAAAGAAGGGGGAUGGUUUUCAAUGUAAUUGUGGAAAAGGUUGGACUGGGGAUGCUUGCGGAAAAAAAGUCUCCGCAUGCAAAGGCUUCGGUUGCAAGAAUGGUGGAAAAUGUAUUCUUGGGAAUAAAGGAAAGCCGUUGUGCCGAUGUAAGACUGGUUUUUCGGGAAAGAAGUGCGAAAAUAAAGCAUACGCAAUCGGCUUUUACAAGUUUACGACUAAAGCUUAUGUGAAAACAGUCAUCCGACAAACGAUGUCCAAAAUGUCAGUUUGUUUCCGCGUGUUUACAAUGGGCAGGCGACCAUACAUGUUCAUAAUGAGCUACACCGUGAAGGGUGUGCAGCGGUUUGCUUUAUCAAAGCAUAAAAAUGGCUUAGGCGUGCGCUUGAACGGGAAACUGGUGGUGGUUAAGAAAGCGGUUAUAAAUGACCGGAGAUGCCAUCACGUUUGUUUCACGUGGCAAUCGUCCGAUGGCAACUAUGCUUUCUAUUUGGAUGGAAAAAGCAUCGUCAACAAAAACGGACUGAGUAAAGGCAGACCCUUACCUGGAGGUGGCGUACUGUCGUUGGCCCAACGCCGGCCUAGAUUAAAAUUUCUUAGGCUUGCACUUCUCAAAUUGCGGUUUGUCGGCAAGAUCAAUGAUCUCAACAUCUGGAACAGAGUUCUUUCUGCUAAAGAAGUAAAGAGAAUUGAGAAAUGCGGGUCUACAGCUGUAGGAAAUGUAAAGUCCUGGUCGGACUUCAAAAUCAAAAAGCAAAAACGUUCGCAAAGAAAAUACGCCAAAUACGUUUUCAAUGGCGUGUGUCCUAAAAAUUGCUAAGAUGUGUUAGACAGAUUGGCUAAGGAUAACGAUCACCUGUGCCUUGUUUUGUAUUUGACUGUUUACGUAGAUGCUAAAUUGGAUGACUUAAACUUUUUUCAUAAUAAAAAUGGCUAAAUCUA